CCCGAGCUAACGGAUGAGAAGGCGGAUUAGCGACACUCUUCCUCCAGCCUGCUUCACUCCAUCCAUCCAUCCAUCGCUGCGGGAGCGCUCGCCCGGCCCCUGUAGGCUCGGAUCAUGGACUUCAACGUUAAAAAACUGGCGUCAGACGCUGGCGUCUUCUUCACGCGCGCUGUUCAGUUCACGGAGGAGAAGCUGGGUCAGGCGGAGAAAACCGAACUGGACGCUCAUCUGGAAAACCUGAUUGCUAGAGGAGACUGCACGAAGAACUGGACAGAGAAGAUCUUCAGGCAGACCGAAGUGCUGCUCCAGCCAAACCCUAGUGCCCGCAUCGAGGAGUUCUUCUAUGAGAAACUGGACAGAAAGAUCCCGACAAGAACCACAAAUGGUGAGCUCCUGGGACAGUACAUGCAGGAUGCUGCCAAGGACUUCGGAUCUGGAACGGCGUAUGGAAGUACGUUGUACACCGUAGGAGACUAUCAGAGAAGGCUAGGGAUUGCAGAGAGAGAGUUCUUACAAGCAUCAGCUGUCAGCUUCCUCACACCUUUGCGGAAUUUCCUCGAGGGUGACUGGAGAACCAUAUCGAAAGAAAGAAGGCUACUGGAGAACCGCCGCCUUGACUUGGAUGUCUGCAAAGCACGUCUGAAGAAAGCCAAGCUUGCGGAAGCGAAAGCUGCUGCUGCACCUGAUUUUCAGGAGACUAGGCCCCGCAAUUAUGUUCUGUCCGCCAGUGCAUCUGCGCUGUGGAGUGAAGAGGUGGACAAAGCAGAGCAGGAACUGCGUGUGGCCCAGACUGAGUUUGACCGACAAGCUGAAGUCACCCGUCUCCUCCUAGAAGGCAUCAGCAGUACACACGUAAAUCAUUUGCGUUGCCUGCAUGAAUUCGUGGAGGCCCAGGCAGUUUACUAUGCUCAGUGUCACAAGCACAUGCAGGAUCUUCAGAAGGAACUCAGUAGUGCGAAUGGAGAUACGUUUCCCAAUGCCUUUGCUGCAAACCCCUCCGCAUCAGCAGUUUCCACUUCCUCUGCUCUCUCCAGUGCCACUGUGCCCGCCGGCUCUCCUCCUGCUGCCUCCUCCAGCUCUCUGGAUACCCUUAAAAUUGAAGAGGUGAAACCUCCUGCCACUGGCACACGCAAGGCCAAAGUGCUGUAUGACUACGACGCUGCCGACACGAGCGAACUCUCGCUUCUAGCUGACGAGCUUAUUACGGUCUACACUGUCCCAGGCAUGGAUCCAGACUGGCUUGUCGGAGAGCGUGGGAACCAGAAAGGCAAGGUGCCAGUCACAUACCUGGAGCUGCUAAGCUAAACACUUAAACACAAAUGCACAUGCACAGACAGGUUGGUUGCACAUGUAAAGAUGCAAUGCUACCCUUAAUGACACAGUUUUAAUGUAUUCCUGCUGUUGUCCAGUUUGUUUGGGGAUUUCUUUGCAGGAAUGUAAUGAAAAGAUAGCAUGCGCAAACUAUUCAAAGAGAACUGAACACUCCUCUGGAAUAUUUAAUGAAUAUCUUGGGUUAGCUAGGUGCAGCUCAUUCAUUCUUCCCUAAACAUUCAUAAAGGCAUAAGAAGUCAACUAACUAUAAGGCCUUUUUUUUUUUUUUUUUUAAAGAUGUCAGCUUCCGAGAAAAAAAAAUAUAGAUAGAGAAUGUGACUAUGAUGCAAAAAAUCCUUUUUCUGGUCUGCUUCAUGUGAAACCUGUGUCUUUGUGCAUUUCUGGAGAUAUUUGAGUCAUUAUUAUCAACACUGUAGAUUUUGUGUUUUAAAAAUUGAGUAAAAUGUGGCAUAUGUGAAUUGCAAAUGGAGGAUCAAAGAGGACCAUUAGCGUUCAAAAGAACCAGGAAACUAGAGCAUUGCAUUGUAGAAAUGGAAAAGGUAAUGGAAAAUAAGUGUCAGACAUUGCCUUGUUUUUAAUUUUAAUGGUUAAGUUAAAGAGUCAGAUCAAAGUUUAUAUUAGAACAUGUAUAUGGAUGUGUUAUAAGUUAGAUAUAUAGUGGAUAAACAUCAGUCCAUAAUUACAGUGGUACCUUGGCAAACGAAAAUCCGUAGUGCAAAAUGCAUUUCUUAUUGGAAAUAAUGUAAAAGCAGUUAAUGCAUUCCAGCCACCCAAAAAAUGUUACCAAUAUUUUCAGCACUAUAAUCAUAUUUUUGACAUAUACAGUAUAAACAAAGACGUGUAAAUUAAGUAAAAUAUAAAAUAGACCUUAAUUUAUGAUUCCCUUUGGCACCUGCUGCUUUAAAAAUGAAACAGAAAGUGGCACUCAUCGUGCUACGUCUUCACAAAAUGAAAAAAAAAGGGAGAAAAAAACCCCCCCACAAAAAAUAUGUUUCAGCUUUGCUUGUCCUUCCAAUAAGGCAAGCAAGUUUUGAAGGCGCAACCGCGGUUUGACUCUGUUCAUUCAUUCAUAUGCCGAAAAUGCUUUCGAAAGCGAAAAUAUGAGCUGUUCGUAUGCCAAGGUGCCUCUUAUAUUUUCUUCAAGGGAAAAAAAACUGUAAAGUGUGAUGUAAAAUGAAAAUAAUUGUUGACCUAAAAGUGAUCAUUUGUCCUCUAAGAACAUACCAUACUGUCCAAAGUAUACCUCUUGUACAUCUGUAAUUUGCUAAGUAUUACAAUUUUUUCUGAAAAUUUUUCCAUACAUUAUACUUCUGAUUUAUAGCUACUUGUAAGUCCACAGUAAUAAGUCCUUAAACUCAAUAAAUCAAGUCUGCAGCUUUUAAUGCAAUAAUCCCACAAACGUAAUAGUAGUAAGGCGGUACGGUGGGGUAGUGAUCAGGACUGUGGCAUGACACCUCCAGGAUUGAGGGUUCAAGUCAUGCCUAAAACAGCAUGACUACCGAGCACGGGGAGAAAUGCAAACUCCAUGCACACAGACAUGAGGGCAUCAAUUGGUGUUUCCAAAUUUCCUGUGGUGUGAAAGUAUGAGUGAGUGCAUGUGCUUGUGUAUCAUUUUGUUGGAAUCAUCUUCAACUUUCGAAAUUGUAAAUCUUCCCACAAACAUGAAAUAAAAUGUAAUUUAUCUGCUAAUUACAUUAAAAGCUGCAGAUUUGUAUUUAUAAUACGUUUGUGGUUUCUUAUAUUUGUGGGCUGCUGUUACUAUAUGUUCACGGGUAUUUUACUGUUAUUCUUUUUUUACCAUCUAUAUCACUUACAGUAACACUGAAAACUUGUUCCAUAAAGGUUAAAAAACAUCAAACAACCUAAUGUUUCUGUUAUUUAAAAUAACUUUUUUUUUUUUUGCUCAGUUUAGAUAUUUUGGUGAGUCAUAAAUUAUUGAUUUGUUGUCACUAAUCAGAUUUAAUGCCAUGAAUUAACCGUUUGUCCAUGAACCUUCCAGCAGGAAAUAGUCCAUCGGGUAUUGUUUUGCAUUUUCCCACAGUUUUGGUAUGAGCGUUUAGGAAUAUGUGCUCAUUUGAAAGGUGAGUCACAAGUGAAAGUGAAGCCUUUUCUAUUUCUUCCUUUCAAUUACAAUAUGUCCCAUAUUACCUUUAUCUAUUUACAAAUUUUAUUUAUUCUUGGCAAAACCAAUAACCUAAAAAAGUGUGUUGACCUAAAUUAUUCGGAGAAAGAAAUUAAUUAGUAUAAAGUAUAAGAAGUCUGUUUAAAUGUAUGUUGCCUUUGUAGCCUUAAAAACACAUCUGCAUCAUGAAAUAUUUCCUGGUGCCCUAAAUAACUUUUUUUUUUUUUUUUUUAAACUGAUUCCACUUUCUAUCUGUAUCUCUUCCAACUACAAGAAGCUAUUUAAAGAACUCUAACCAUAGCUUAUUGCGAUUGAAUUGGUAGUAUUUGUGUGUGUGUUUGUGUGCUUAUAUUUUUAUUCCCUGAAACUAGGUUGUUUUGCAUAAAAACUGGUUUCGGCUUUGGCUACAGUAUAAGUGAAAUGUCUUCAUUUGAAAUCGGUGUGGCUGUAACAUUUGCAAGAUAUGCAUUAUGUGUGGUUUGUUGGAGUAAAGUUUGUAAAUGUUUCUCAAAAUGGGUCCAAUUAUAUUUAAUGUGAUCUUUCAUUUUUUUUCUCCACUUAAUUCCCUGUGAACAACAUACUGUCCCAUUUUGGUCUUUCUUUAUCUGUGUAAUCAAUGCUUGUUUAAAAAAGUUUUUUAAGCAAUGCAUACGGAAUGACUGGAACCCUGAACAUAAUAAAGAGAGCUUUAUUGAA